UCAUACUCUUUGCCAUCAUGCUGCGGUUGGUGGCAGCUUGCCCUGCGCCAUGUUCGGUGUGCACCAAAGACGUAACCCUCUGUCACCAGUUAACCUAUAUACAGCCCCUGUGACCACGAGAGUUUUGAUCAUCACUGAUGGAUCCCUUUCCUCUAUAGAGAGCACAAAUCUGUCUCUCCUGUUUAAUCUUGCCCUGCUCUCCUUGAGCAGAAAUGGCAUUGAGGAUGUGCAGGAAGAUGCCCUCCAUGGCCUUUCAAAGCUGCGGACGUUGUUGCUGGAGCACAACCAGAUAUCCAGCUCCACACUCUCGGAUCACACCUUCAGCAAGCUGCGCAGCCUGCAGGUGCUGGUGCUUAGCAAUAACGCCCUCCAGACCCUGCGAGGAUCCUGGUUCAGAAACAACAGGGGCCUGACCCGGCUCCAGCUGGAUGGGAAUCAGAUCACUAAUCUGACAGACAGUUCUUUUGGAGGCACAAAUCUCCACAGUCUCAGGCGUCUGGAUUUAUCUAACAAUUUUAUUUCCUACAUUGGGAAGGACACCUUCCGGUCCCUGCCUCAGCUACAGGAAGUGGACCUUUCCCGAAAUCGGUUGGCCCAAAUGCCAGAUGUUUUUACUCCACUGAAGCACUUAAUCCUUCUGAGCUUAGAUAAGAACCAGUGGAGCUGUACUUGUGAUCUCUACCCCCUUGCCCGAUUUUUAAGAAACUACAUUAAGUCCUCUGCUCACAAGCUCAGAAAUGCCAAAGCCCUACAUUGUCAGCCACCCGCCGCUGCUGUGGCUGGUGCAAAGAGCGUGCUACGGCUGUCUGACACCAACUGCGAUCCCAAGGCUUCCAACCUCACUCUGAUUCUAAAGGACAGAAGUCCCCUCCUCCCAGGGCAGGAUGUGGCCCUGCUGACUGUCCUGGGCUUUGCAGGAGCUGUUGGUCUCACUUGCCUGGGUUUAGUUGUAUUUAACUGGAAACUUCAACAAGGCAAAGCAAAUGAACACACAUCAGGAAAGCUUUGUUGCAGAACCUGUGGUGAAUCCCUGUGUGCACAUGAGGCAAGAUAUCACCACACUAAGGGAUACUGUAACUGCCGCUUAACCCAGGAAAACGAGAUAAAGGUCCAGUCCAUUGUGGGGUCCAGAAAGGAAAUGGCAUUUUUACAGGAAAGCAGCCACCAAGCAGCACUGACCUCUGAAUCCACAGCCAUUGAAAGGUUACACAGAAACCUGAAAGGGAAGGACCAUGAAGCAGAUGGCACUUGUAUCUGCCUUGGUGGCAGAUUGCUGCAGUCGGGAUGUUCAGCCCCUCCUGGGAAUAUGGCAGCUUUUAAUGAAGCGGGCUUACUCACAAGAUACUGUCCAAAGACAGUUGAAAAUCUAAGGAAUCUUGAGCCUGGGGAAGUCCAACCUCAAACUCUGCCACAGCAUGUAACAAGAACAAUAGAUAUCAGCAGUGACACAUUUAGUAGAAGAUAUGCAACAGGAGCUUCAGCUUUGGCAAGAGAUAGUCUUGAAAAGCAUUUAACAAAUGAAUCAUGGCAGCUUCCAAUAGAAAAAGAAGACAAUGGCUUACAACCUCACAGGCAGCAGCAUUUUAUUACCAGCUCAUCAUCCAAGCCUUAUGAGCCUGAAGAACACUAUGUACAAAAGACCUUACAAAAAUAUGGAUCAAAAUACUAUGAUCCUUGUGAACUGUUAAAACAGAGCAGGCCCCAGUAUUUCCAGCCAAAAAAAUCUCUUAUCUGUAAGUAUGUGCCCUAUGACCAAUUUAAAGAUUAUGUGAAAGAAAAGAAGCCACAUAGUCGAGAACAUUCAAAGUCUAAGAAUGAGCAAAUCCAAAUUUAUAGUGCAAUAGAAAAAUUUCUUAUGAGUGAGGGCAAUACGGAGUUAUCGGGGUUAUCAACAAAUAUCAAGAAAACAUAUUCCCCUAGGAGUGUUAACUUCCAUGAUCCUGGUUUAGUUGAAAAAAAUAGGCUGGAGAUGUCACCCAAAACAUCAACCCAUUCAAAACAGCAAAGAAUUCAAAGUGAGCGUCUGACCACCUUGAAUCUCAAAAAAGGUAGCAGUGUGCGAGAGAGAAGCAAAGGAGGAAAAUGGCUUACUGGUACACAGAUUCUGAAAGAAAAAGGGAUCGAUCAAUCUGAUCUCAGAGGGAAAAUCAGAAAGCAAAAUUUAAAGAUAAAAUUAAAUUUACACCCUUUUAGAAAAGCCAGAGUCCACCCAGAAAAAUCCUUGCCAGACCUCCCUACAAAAUGUGAGCAAGUAUUGUUACCUCCUAAUAAAUUAUCCAGAGCUUCUAAGAAAGAAGCCAAAAUAAACCUUCUGUCAUCUGCAGUUUUUCCCCACCAACCAGAGAGUAACAACUAUGCUGCACUCACUUCAAAGAGAUUGCCUCUCAAACAUGCCCCAAAUGAGACCCCAUAUUACAAAAAACACACUAAAAAGGCUCCUCUGCUCACAGCUAACAACAUACCUGUAGUCAACCAGAGCUUCCUGGAAGGCAAUUGUCACCCUCCUGGCCUCAUUUCUGAUGGAAGCCAAGCAACACUGCCUGGCCUCAUAGCCCCUGAAGCUGAACACAAGCACUCACACACUCCAUUCUCGACUGAACAAAUGGAAGGUGCAACUCACCUGACCUUGGUAGGUUCCAGUUCUUCACCAGGUUCUCAGAAAAAUAUAGGCAGUGAUGUUUUAGCAUCCUGCCAUUCCAGGAGGACUACUGACCAAGAGGAAACACAGCCCACUGAGCACACCGAGCAGGACAAAUCUGAGACCAGUGUGCUAACCCAGUUUUCUUUGUCCCUGGAAAAUCCAACCCAACCUGUCGGCAACCACAAGACUGACACCUACAAGGAACAUACUGUAGAUCAAAAUCAAACGUUGCAGCAUGAAAUGCAAAAUUCGGGUCAUGAAGAACUUGGAAAUGAAGAAAAAAUAUUAGUGACAGAACCCAAAAUAUCACAUCAGAUUACAAAAAAUUGUAUUACAGAUGAGGGAACAAAUGUAGAGAAAAAACUUUCUAAGACAGAAACAUGUGAUUCCUCUCUUAUUCCCCAAACACAACCCAAGGGCAACCUAGCAUUUACGAAGGUGAAUUCUAUUGCAUCCCAAAAUAGGAUGGAACUUCCCAAGGAUAUCAGUACUUCUCUUAGUACUCAAGCCAUCUCACGUCUAACCAACAGUAGCGAAAAAGAAACUGACAGCACGAAUGCAUUGCCUAGAGAUGAAGGCACCCAAGCACUAGAGAUAAAAAUAGUAAGAAAAGAGGAGGAAAAAAUGCCUGAUAAGAGCAAGGCAAAUGCUAGUAUGUUAAUGCAGACCAGACAGAUGACCUUAAAAGGUACGACAAAAGGAAAGCAGCAAACUUGGGAAAAUGGAAAAAGUAAAAAUCUCACAUCACACGGUUCAAGUACUGUUGAGGCCACAAUUACAGCUGAGGAUUUGAGUGUUAUAAGUUGUCAGGAAACUGAAAAUAGACAACCUUCUAGUGAAAUAGAUCUUCAAAUAAACAGUAAUAUGCAUGAUUUGAGAGAGGCUCUAAAUACUCAGCCAGAUCAAGAUAGCAGUGCACAUAAAGAAGGCGCAAUGGCAUCGGAGACACUUGAAGCACUCCCCCCACUACCAGAGGUAAAAGGCAUUAGUUUUGAGGCAGAAAAGGAGGUGCCUCUAAUUCCUAGAAGAAUAAAUGAAGCUGAAAACUCUGCUCUAAAGCAUACACUGCAUCCACCAUUGUCUGAAUAUGCUAAUAUAUCACCUUUGGAGGCAGAACAAAGUGAACAAAAUAACUCAAAUAAUAAUCAUUUUCUACUUUAGCUUUCUUCAAAAGAACACACAAACCCCCUUAGCUUUUGCAUGCAUUUCAAAUGCAUUAUUUGGGAGAAAAAAUCCAUAGCAACUCUUUGUUAUCAGUGAAAUAAAAGUACACGUUUGAAUAUAAAGCAAAAAUCAAAGAUGGAGUCACAAGAUAUCUUUGACAUGAAUGAGUUUUCUUCCCUAAGGAAUGGGGAAAUGGGAAAGAAAAAUUUUACCUAGUCCUGGAAAAGAGUCAAUUAAAAAAAAAAGCUUUAAGUAAAUGAAAGAUUGAAGAAGAAAAAAGUACUCGAGCAGAUUUACACUUGAUGUUUAUUUUAUGGAAAUUACUAUACACAUCUCAAUUAGUGGUAUUACAAUAUUGCUUUCCACACAGAUGAUUAUAUAUUCAUAUUUGUGCCUGAUCUGCUUUCCUAAUUAUGGUAUAUAAAUAAAAAUUGAGCUUUGCUUGUUAACUGUAGUCUAGCGAUAUGCAUAUUGGUAUAUUUCAACCAUUUCAGAAUGUUUGGUUGACAAUUAUGCUUGGUUUUAAGUAGAAGUCUUUUAAACCUGUUAAUUUUCUAAGAGGAAAAAAAUGGAGGAUUUCUGUAAAACCUGUAAAAUCCUAUAAAUCCACUAGGUGGAGAUCUCAGCUUCAAUCAUUUUAGAACAAAUGGAUCUUCAAGAUCAACACAAUGGAUCCUGAACAAAAGGAAUUUUAAGGAGCUUUGUUGUUUUAUUGCCAAUUUUUAUUAACUUCAGAUUCUGAAAACUAAAUAACGCAUUAACAUGUAAGAUUUCAAGGUUUGAUUUCUUGAGUUGAGCAUUCCACUAUUGUUUGGUGUUAGCAUUCCUUCCUGUGUGCAGAAAUUAAAUGUGCUUGUAAGCAUCAGAUUUACAAGUAAUUGUAGAAUAAACAUCUCUCAUUCAAUGCCACACUUAUCUGCCAGACAGUAUACACAAACAAUUUUGUUAAUAUGUCAGUAAACU